CAGGAAUGUGAAGGAUGCUGAGCGUCCACCUGAUACACAGCUCUGCGCCCGGGGGAGGGUCUCCAGCCUCCAGUCCGGCUGCCACACACCGCUCAGUUAGCUCAGCCCAUCUCAGCUCUGCUCAGGCAGGCAAGGCGGGUGGCGCAUCCUCAGAGAGCUCUGACGGAAACAUGAUCACCGGGGGAACAUAAACGCAUUCCUCGGCUCCGGUCAGAUGAUUCAACAUCUCCGUGUGUUUUGGGUUAUUCUCCGAAGGACGCAGCAGAAGAGUCGCUCCGUGCAGGAAAGACACAAUCCCCACAUCGUCAGUGCCCUGUGAGGCGAGGUCAUCGCAGAUUACUACGGUUCCUGUGAUGCCUGUGCCCUGCCUUGCAAUCUAAAUCUGCGACGCAUCUCAGGCACCCCCCACCAACCUCAGUGAUCUCUUCAUCCAAUACCUUUCUUAACAUCCCCUGGGGGGGAUGUGAGUAAGACCGAGAACUGAAGGUAGGAAACAGCGAUAAGUCCAACCAAGAAAGGAACUGGGACCACAUGGCUGCUAUGGACUGACAGGUCAACUGAUACCAGAUCACACUGGCUUUGCUCGGAAGUUGACAAUGGUGUUGUUUCUGAUUGGGAUUUCUAUUGCUGUGAAUAAUUCUUCUCAUGAGAACCAAACUGCAGAAAACCCCACCCAUCAGGGUGCUCAUGUGCUGCCCUCGACACUGGUCAUAUCCCUGCUCCUUAUCAUCGUUGUCCUGCUGACAAUCUACUGUCUGAGGUUCAAAAACCACAGGAAAGCUCUAGUUACCUCGGUGGAUAAAAAGAUUCCAAAUGGCUUCCUGGAGGAACAAGGAGAGCAGACAGUGGUCCUCCUCCCCAGAUCUCCCUCUCCUUCCAAGAGGUACUUCCCCAUCCCUCUGGACUCUCUGGAGGAGGAGUACCGGAUACGCUCUGCAGACGAUGGCAAGCUCUUCAGAGAAGAGUUCAACUCACUCCCAUGUUACUACCACCUCGGGUCCUUUGAGGAGGCGAGCAGAGAGCACAACAGAGAGAAAAACAGAUACCCCAACAUUUUACCAUACGAUCAUUCAAGAGUGGUGUUAAGUCAUCUUGAUGGACAUCUAUGUUCAGACUACGUAAAUGCAUCUUACAUAGAUGGUUUUAAAGAAAAGAACAAAUUCAUUGCAGCUCAAGGCCCAAAGCUUGAGACAGUGGCUGACUUCUGGCGGAUGAUUUGGGAACAGAAAACAGCAACUAUAGUAAUGCUGACAAAUCUGAAAGAAAGAAAGGAGGAGAAAUGUUUUCAGUAUUGGCCAGAAAAAGGCUGCUGGAUGUACGGCAACAUCAGGGUGGCAAUGGAGGACUUGACCGUACUGGUGGACUACACCAUUAGAAAGUUUUGUGUUCAAUAUCAGGGCAGCGAUGGUCCCCGCGCUCCCCGGCUGGUCACCCAGCUCCACUUCACCAGCUGGCCAGACUUUGGGGUGCCAUUCUCACCCAUCGGCAUGCUGAAAUUCCUCAAGAAGGUCAAGGCUGUCAAUCCAUCCUAUGCUGGGCCCAUUGUCGUGCACUGCAGUGCUGGGGUGGGGAGGACUGGGACUUUCAUUGUCAUUGACAGCAUGAUCGACAUGAUGCACAUGGAACAGAGGCUGGAUGUCUUUGGCUUUGUGAGCAGAAUACGAGAGCAGCGCUGUCAACUCAUCCAGACAGAUAUGCAGUACUCCUUCAUCUACCAGGCUCUGUUGGAGUACUAUCUGUAUGGAGACACAGAGCUAGAUGUGUGCUCUCUGGAGGGCCAUCUGCACAGGCUUCACAACACCAGGGCUCCCCACGACAGGCUGGGCCUGGAGGAGGAGUUCAGGAAGCUGACCAACGUUCGCAUAAUGAAGGAGAACAUGAGAACUGGGAACCUUCCUGCCAACAUGAAGAAGAACCGUGUGCUUCAGAUCAUUCCGUAUGAUUUCAACCGAGUAAUACUCUCAGUGAAAAGAGGACAGGAGUUCACCGACUACAUCAAUGCCUCCUUUAUUGAUGGCUACAGGCAGAAGGACUAUUUUAUCGCAACCCAGGGCCCCCUGUCUCACACAGUAGAGGACUUCUGGAGGAUGGUGUGGGAGUGGAGGUGUCAUUCAAUCGUUAUGCUCACCGAACUCAAAGAGAGAGAGCAGGAAAAGUGUUUCCAGUAUUGGCCAUCAGAGGGCAGUGUAACAUUUGGAGAUUAUACUGUGGAGCUGACUGGUGAUGCCCUGUGUGAAACCUUCACUCUCAAAGACAUGGUGCUCACCUACAGACCGGAAAAGCAGUCACAACACGUCCGACAUUUCCACUUCCACGGAUGGCCUGAGAUCGGAAUACCAGCCGAGGGAAGAGGAAUGAUUGACAUUAUUGCUGCUGUGCAGAGGCAGCAGCAGCAGUCUGGAAACCAUCCCAUAAUUGUGCACUGCAGUGCUGGUGCGGGUCGGACUGGUACCUUCAUUGCCCUCAGUAACAUUCUGGAGAGGGUGAAAGCUGAAGGCCUCCUGGAUGUUUUUCAGACAGUCAAGAGUUUACGCAUGCAGAGACCACACAUGGUUCAGACUGUGGAGCAAUACGACUUCUGCUACAGAGUGGUUCAGGAUUUUGUUGACAUUUUCUCAGACUACGCCAAUUUUAAAUAAUACCUGUCAGAUGCUGUUCUGUAAACUUCUGGCAAAUUAACUUAUGCAUUUUUUUCUGAAUGUUAUUUUCUAAAGCAAGCUCUUUUUACAUUUUGCACUUGAUUACACAACUAAAUGUUGUAACAUACUGUAAUAUAAUGGAAAACAUCUGUGCUCCAGAAGAGUCUGUCUUGUUCAGGAAUUCCUGAUCUUCAGAUAUCCCAGUGUAAAAUAUAUAAAAUUAUUGUGGUUUUCUCAAUAGGUGGGUUGAAUUCUUAAAUGACUUUUUAUUGUUGCGUAAGUGCAACGUUGCUAGGGUCAAAAUGUUUAAGAGGAUAUAUUUAAAAACUGUAUUCCAAUUUUAUCUAUAUAAAUAAUGUAUAUAUACUGUAGUAAGUAUUGCUCACUGCCUGAUGUGUUGUAGAAUACAUGCAUUCUCUUUUAUUUUGCUGUAUUUUGUUACUGACCACAAAGCCUUUGGUUAACACUUGUUUUGUAUUUUCUGAUACCCGCUCAACAUGUCUAAUAGCUGAGGAGAAUACAUUGUGUGUUUGACAAGAAAGGCAAAAUGAUUAAUGCUUUUGCUAAUUGAUAUCCUGCCUGACCUUUGUGAAUCGCAUUUCUAAUCUUUUUUGGCUCAAAGAAAAAUAUAAAACUCGAGAUACAUUUCAUUCUGCAAAUUACUUCACUUCUGUCUGUGAAUAACUUAACAGCUGCUGCCUGUUGCAAUUUUAUUCAACUUCACCAACUUUCUUUUGUUGCCUGUAGCAAUAUGACUCAGUGGAUUGGCACCUGAUGCUGCAAAAUGCAAUUAGCUUACAUUGGAACAGACAGAAAAUAAUGUAUCAUUGCAUGAAUCCAAAUGUAAUAUUCUAACAAAUGUUUUUGCCGCCAAGCAUCACACCGCACUGUAAAAUAAUCCUUUUUAUACGCAAUAACAAGCCAAGUUUGCAUAUGUCCAUAAAGCAGUGCCAUACUGAUUAGAAAGACAGUUCUAAUCAUGAAAAACUUGUCACCAAGUGACACAAUUUUAAUACAGAUAAGUCAGAUGUUUAUGUUUAAUUUAAUAUGAUAGAUACAUUUAUAAAAGCGAAAUGUUUUGAAUUGUGGUCUUCUGUACGGAUAAACAAUUCACUGUUUGUACAAACACUUCUCAGAAUAUUAUAAGGAUAACAACCCUCCCAAAAUUUUAUUUAAAGUGAGUGUGUAGAAAUCAACAAGGAAAAAAAAAAACUGCAGAAAUUUGUCUUUUGAAAGAGUUGAUUUAGUGAUGCAUUUGAAUCGUCUUAAUUUCUACCAUCUGAGCCUAAAUUGUCAGGGACAGUGAAAAGCAUUGAUAUCAAGAGCCAGCGCUCCGCCAAAAUAUGAAAUAUGCAUGCACAUAGCAUUUUGACAUAUUCUGACUAUGAUAUUUAGUCAUAGUUACAAAAUAUAAAAGCUUAUAUUUUUGCAAGGCUUCCGCUUGCUUCUUUAUAGAGCAAGUAAGAUUGAAAGUCUUACAUCUGAAGAACUUUCUACUGUGUUUGUACUUUCAUUAUUAUAAAGUGAUAAGAUGGGUUUAUACAUGAUCACUUGGUUUAUUUACUGUAUAUAAAUUCCUGUGACCAUUAUUCAUCACUAAGGUUUAGUGUAUUUUUGAUUUCAUUUAACUGUGUUGUCAUGCUGAAAGAACAAAAUAAAAUGGAUAAUGACAGCGAGGCCUUGCAGCUGAUGUAAAUGCACAAGCAUCUUGUUUCAAUGAUGUUUCUGCCUUUUUGAAUCUGAACUACUGUUUGUUUGCUAAAAGCUGAUUCCAAUAAAUUAUAGAUGG